AAAUGGUAACCUUGCCGGUGGGACUGCCAUGCUGAACCACACAUAAGGGAGACUGCUACCACCCCAGCAGACACCCAUGGUUCAUUGACCACCAGGCUCCGGCUUGCCCCAGCAUCCUCUGCGCGGCCACACAGCAGCUGGGUGCCCCGGGGAGCCUGGCUACCAUGCCAUCUCUUCUCUGCUUCUCCUCCCUCCUCUUCCUUACCUUCGUAGGAGGCACACCCCCGGAGGAGCCGAUCCAGGUGGAGAUAGUAGAGGGAGAGAAUGUUAAUCUGCCGUGCCUCCCGAACUCCUCGUCUGUCUCUUCCGAGAAGCUGACCUGGUAUCGAGGGAACCAGUCAACACCCUUCUUGGAGCUGAGCGUGGGGUCUCCAGGCCUGGGGUUGUAUGUGGGGCCCUUGGACAUCAUGCUAGUGAUUACCAAUGUCUCAGACCAUAUGGGGGGCUUCUACCUGUGCCAGAAGAAUCCCCCUUUCAAGGGCACCUGGCAGCCUGCCUGGACAGUGAACGUGAAGGACAGUGGGGAGCUGUUCCGGUGGAAUGCUUCAGACUUAGAGGACCUGGACUGUAGCUUGGGGAACAAGUCCUCAGGGAGUCAUAGACCUGCUUCUGGUUCUCAGCUGUAUGUGUGGGCUAAAGACCAUCCUGAGGGUAGGGGCAAAGUGCCUGAAUGUGCACGGAAGGUCAGUCUGAAUCAGAGUCUAAUCAACCAAGAUCUCAGUACGGCCCCUGGCUCCACACUUUGGCUGUCCUGUGGGAUACCGCCCGUCCCAGUGGCUGGAGGCUCUAUCUCCUGGAACCAUGUGCAUCCCAAGAAGUCUAACAUUUCAUUACCGAGCCUGAGCCUUGGGGGAGAGCACCCAGUCAGGGAGAUGUGGGUUUGGGGGCCUCUUCUGUCAUUUCCCCAGGCCACAGCUUUAGAUGAAGGUACCUAUUAUUGUCGCCAAAGAGGCCUGACCAAGGAGUGGCAUGUGAAGGUCAUUGCAAGGUCAGCAGUGUGGCUCUGGAUGUUGGAGACUGGUGGAUGGAUGGUCCCAGUUGUGGCUUUAGUAUAUCUCAUCUUCUGUCUGGCUCCUCUGGUGGCUUUUCUCUAUAUUCAAAGAGCCCUUAACCUGAAGAGGAAAAGAAAGCGCAUGACUGAUCCUGCCAGGAGAUUCUUCAAAGUGACGCCUCCCUCAGGAAAUGGGACCCAGAACCAGUAUGGGAAUGUGCUCUCCCUUCCUACAUCCACCUCUGGACAGGCUCAGGCUCAGCGUUGGGCUGCUGGCCAGGGGAGCGGCCCUGGGUCCUAUGGAAAUCCACGCAUUGAAGUCCAGGACACUGGAGCCCAGAGUCAUGAAACAGGGCUGGAAGAAGAAGGGGAGGCCUAUGAAGAGCCGGACAGUGAGGGGGGCUCCGAGCUCUACGAGAAUGAUUCCAACCUUGAGCAGGACCAGCUUUCCCAGGAUGGCUACGAGGACCCUGAGGAUGAACCCGUAGGUCCAGAGGAAGAAGAUUCCUUCUCCAGUGCCCAGUCUUAUGAAAAUGCAGAUGAGGAGCUGGUCCAACCAGCUGGCAGGACAAUGGACUUCCUGAGCCCCCAGGGGUCUGCGUGGGACCCUAGCCGGGAAGCAUCCUCACUUGGGUCCCAGUCCUAUGAGGAUAUGAGAGGGAUCCUAUAUGCAGCUCCUCAGCUCCGAUCAAUUCGCUCAGGUCCCAGUCACGAGGAAGAUGCAGACUCCUAUGAGAACAUGGAUAAGUCUGAUGAUCUAGAACCAGCAUGGGGAGGAGAGGGCCACAUGGAGACUUGGGGUACCAGGUGACUCCCAAGUGACUAGAAUCUCCCGCCCAGGGGUGGCACAGCUGAUGGUGGGGCUGGGCCUCUCACAGUCAUCAAUCAAGAAAACGUUCCACAGACCAACCUGAUGGACACGUCUUCUCAACUGAGAAUCCCCCUUCCCAAGUGACUCUCCGUGUCAACUUGACAAAAAAAAAACCCAUGUGUCCAUCUCGGCCUUAAAAUGACAGGAUCAAGUGAUGC